AUGGCCAGCUCUCCAGCAUUUCAGCUUCUUAAAACCGACUUGUUAAGGAUUGAUCUUGGAACAUUAUCAAAUGAUGAAAGAAUUGACAUUAGCUAUCGUCGUGCCUGUGCCAUUUCUCGCGCGUGUGAUUUCAAAGUCACAGACAUCCUCAGCUUCACAUUGACAUUGAUUACGAUACAAUACAAUCUGGCCGCUGGAGCACUGGCUCCAUUCGCCGAGGCCGAUGAGGCUAAGAAGACGCUUCUUGGCCGAAUACUAAAGUUCGAUGUGUCGCUGCUUCCCAGACGAGCCGGCUCUAAGCCGUUGGAUCACUUAAUCACAAUAUUCAGCCACAUGAAAUUACCUGCAUCGACAGUCCUUGGAUCAAUACAACGACCACCCAAUGAACGUGAAGGAUUUUUUACGGCAAUUCACCGUGUCAAUGUAGGCACCCUAGCCGCUGCACUGAUCCUGGUUACAGCGAUGAAACGAGCAGUCUAUGUGGCCGGAACGUAUAGUUAUCGACGGUUUAUAGCAGAUCCUCAAGGCAAGGAUAUGGCAAUAAUUUUGCUACGCACACAGAAUCGUCCUAUAUUGCAUGCGCUGGCUCAAACCGCUGUUUUUGAGGCCUAUGCCCAAGAUAGCAUACAACGAUUCUGCGACGAGAGCCUGAUCCCGUCGGUCCGUAAUGGGGCAGCAGUUACAUUUAAAGCGUUGUUGGCCAAGACAAGUCAACAAUGCUUCUCGUCUCUAUCUAAUCGAUGUGGCGCAAUGGGAUUAUAUGAAAUCAACCACAUCAUCGAAGCAGAACUUGAACUACGAGGCGCUGCAAUUGCCGAAGGAGACACACUGGCCCUUAGCAUCAGUAUGUGCAUGGCUAAUCUACUGAUCUUCUGA